UACUAACGCCUCCCCAUCCGUGCGUAAUGGUGCGGGACUGCGCCGCAGAUGUUUGUGUGCAGGAAUGCUUUUUUACUUCUGAGGUUGGGGUUGAAUUUUAUACGAAUUAGUAUGUUGUAGGCCAAUGACUGUACAUAUGAAGGUGCAGGCCUACCUCUCUUUUUUCUAAACAACCACAAGGCAUCUAAACAGUUCCAGGCUCCGGCUGUGAGUUAGUUUAUCUGUACCUCCCUGAACUCUCCGAUUAGCCGGGCAGGGAGCUGUCGUCAUCAGCAGCACCCCCGGUUUUUUCCCUUUUCUAAAUGGAUGGGGCUGUCCAGCUUCAUGCACAGUUCAACGGAAGCCGAAAGAUUGGAACAACUUGUGAAUUCCCUCGUCAGUUUGGUUUGCGUUUGCGGUAACGUUCAGAAGAAUGCUCGACGGCGGCUUCGCUGAAGAAGUUAAAGAUUGAUAAGUUUUUUUCUUUCUCAUAAACUGUGCGGCGUUCAGGACUGGAGCAGGACAGGAGGAGGGAGAGGGAACAGCGGUUGCCUACUACAACGUUUACAAUAGAAAGGAAACUUCAACUCCCGUUAGAGUGGACUGAAGUGAAGUGGCAGCUCGUAAUUCCACAAUGGCUUUCGCUUUGGAUUGUAUAUAUUUAUUGAUGUGCUGUUCUCUCAGCUUGAUAUUUUUAGAUCACAAACAUACUGUGAAAUCACAUGAACAUCUCUCUGGAAAGUUAAGUGAAUAUGGUCUUAUCGUGCCGUUCAGCACAGACUCCCACGGCCGCUAUAUCUCCCACGUGGUCUCAGUCUCAGGAGCCUGGGCCUCAGCUGCAACGGGAGAAAGUGAAAGUGAAGAUGCAGGUGGUGGUGUUGGUGCUUCCUCAUCCCCUGGUCCGGGAAAGAGGCGUGUGGCCCGUAGCGCCCCCGAGACUCCCUCUAUCACCUCUGGCACAGGCCAACACCUGUUUUUCAACGUCACUGUGUUUGGGAAAGAGUUGCACCUUCGCCUCAAAGCAAACAGGAGGCUGGUGGCUCCGGGGGCAUUUGUGGAAUGGCAGGAGGACUUCGAGGAAAAGGCUAAGGAGCGUCUCCACGGGGACUGUGUUUUCACUGGAGACGUAUCAGACAUGCCAGAGGCUACUGUUGCCAUAAGCAACUGUGAUGGACUGGCAGGCCUGAUCCGGACUGAUAACGGGGAGUUUUUCAUCGAGCCUUUAGAGAAGGGUCAGCAGGAUGUGGAGGUGAAAGGUCGUGUCCAUGUGGUCUACAGGAGAUCUGCCAUCAAAAGUGAACCAGUCCAAAGAAGGAAGGACCUCCACAAUGAAGUGACAGACUUUGGGAUUGCUAACCUCCCUGGUGCUCUGGACCUCUUGGAGCACAAGGUGACAGAGUCUGAGCGCAAACGGCGGCACGCCAAGAAGGACGACUACAACAUCGAGGUGCUGCUGGCUGUGGACGACUCUGUGGUGCGCUUCCAUGGCAAGGAGCACGUACAGAACUAUGUCCUCACACUCAUCAACAUAGUUGAUGAGAUCUACCACGAUGAGUCCUUGGGAACCAACAUCAACAUCGUCCUCGUCCGCAUGAUCAUGGUUGGGUACAGACAGUCCAUCAGCCUGAUCGAGCGUGGGAACCCGUCCCGUAGCCUGGAGCAGGUGUGUCGCUGGGCCAACACGCAGCAGCGCAGGGACCCCGAUCAUGCUGAGUACCAUGACCAUGCCAUCUUCCUCACAAGGCAAGAUUUUGGUCCCGCAGGUAUGCAAGGUUACGCCCCGGUGACAGGCAUGUGCCACCCUCUGAGGAGCUGCACUCUGAACCACGAGGACGGAUUCUCCUCGGCCUUCGUGGUGGCGCACGAGACUGGACAUGUGUUAGGUAUGGAACAUGACGGACAGGGGAAUCGUUGUUCUGACGAGACCAGUAUGGGGAGUAUCAUGGCACCGCUGGUCCAAGCAGCCUUCCAUCGCUACCACUGGUCACGCUGCAGUAAACAGGAACUGAACCGAUACAUCCACUCUUAUGACUGUCUCCUGGACAACCCUUUUGAACACAAGUGGCCCAAGCUUCCUGAGCUACCUGGGAUUAACUACUCCAUGGACGAGCAGUGUCGUUUUGAUUUCGGCGUGGGCUACAAGAUGUGCACCGCUUUCCGGACCUACGAUCCCUGCAAGCAGCUGUGGUGUAGUCACCCUGACAACCAGUACUUUUGUAAGACCAAGAAGGGUCCGCCGGUGGAUGGGACAGAGUGUGCACCGUCGAAGUGGUGCUUCAAGGGCCACUGUAUCUGGCGCUCCUCUAACCAACCUCAGGGCCAUGACGGUAACUGGGGGUCCUGGACUAAGUUUGGGUCCUGCUCCAGAACCUGUGGAGGUGGAGUACGCUCCCGGAGCAGAACUUGUAACAACCCUGUGCCUGCGUACGGCGGGCGGGAUUGCCCCGGGUCCACCUUUGAUUACCAGAUGUGUAACAUGGAGGAGUGUGCUGGACCCUAUGAAGACUUCCGCGCUCAACAGUGUGUCCAGAGGAGCAACAAAUACCACAAGAACACCAAGCACACCUGGCUACCUUACGAACACCCAGAUGAGGCUCACAAGUGUGAGUUGAGCUGUCAGUCCAAAGAGACCGGUGAGGUGGUGGUCAUGAACCAGGUGAUGCAUGAUGGGACGCGGUGCAGCUACACAGACCCUUUCAGUGUCUGCACCCGGGGGGAAUGUCUGCAUGUGGGCUGCGACAAAGAGGUUGGCUCGUACAAACAAGAAGACAAGUGUGGAGUCUGUGGUGGGGACAACUCCCACUGUCGCACUGUCAAACUGACCCUCACCAAGAUGCCAAAGAAAACAGGCAUGCUGAAGAUGUUUGAUAUUCCGAUCGGUGCCCGGCACAUCGUUAUAGAGGAGAAUGAGACUUCCUCCCACAUCAUUGCUGUUAAGAAUCAAGUCACAGGCAGCUUCAUAUUGAACGCAAAAAGUGGAGAUGCCAAGUCCAGAACCUUCAUCGAAAGCGGUUUGGAGUGGGAGUACGUCUUCGGAAGCGGCGAGAAAGAAACCCUGAAAACAAUCGGCCCCCUUCACGAGGGCAUCGUUGUUCUGGUCAUUCCCCAGGAGGAGGACACUAAGAUCAGUCUGACAUAUAAGUACAUUAUCCAUGAGGACCUGCUGCCGGUCAUCACCAAUAACAACGUUCUCCUGGCCGAGCUGGAUACCUACGAGUGGGCCCUGAAGAGCUGGUCGCAGUGCUCUAAACCCUGUGGGGGAGGUAUACAGUACACCAAAUACGGAUGCAGGAGGAAGAGCGACAGUCGACUGGUGCACCGGAACUUCUGUGAAACCAGCAAGAAGCCCAAACCCAUCCGGAAGAGGUGCAACGUGAACGAGUGCAGUCAGCCAACGUGGUUGGUGGAGGAGUGGAACCCGUGCAGUAAGACGUGUGGGAAGGUUGGCUACCAGUCCAGGGUUGUUCAGUGUAUGCAGGCCCUCCACAACGGCACCAACCGGACGGUCCACACUAAGUACUGUACAGAGGACAAGCCUGAGACCAGGAAGGUCUGUAACCCCUCUGCCUGCCCUGCACAGUGGAGGACAGGGGCCUGGUCACAGUGUUCAGUAAGCUGUGGAGAGGGGAUUCGACAGAGACAGGUUGUGUGUAGAGCCACAGACAACACCAUCGGCCAGUGUGAGGGAGACAAGCCUGAAACUGUCCUCAUCUGUAAACUGAGCCCAUGUCCAGGACAGUCAUCGCUGCCCCCGCUCACUAAAGAAGCCAUGGAGAAUUCAACAACGAAGACGGAGGGUGUACAUCAGAUUGUUCCUGAUAAUCCUGUCCACAAACUAUCCUCCAAUGAGCCAUGUCUUGGAGACAAGUCUAUAUUCUGCCAGAUGGAGGUCCUAGCCCGUUACUGUUCCAUUCCAGGCUACAACAAGCUGUGCUGUGAGUCCUGCAACAAGAAGGAAGGCUUCACCACCCUCUUCUCUCCAUCCCCAGACCUCCACAAGACUGGAGGAUCCUCCGACUCAGACUCUGAGACGGGCCCAGACCAGGAGACCUCCACCCAGCCCAACCCCACCGCCACCACCCUACCAUCAGACUCCCCACUCCCCACCACCCAGAGCCCAUCCCGAACCACUAAGACCCCUAGACGGCCUCGCUCCACUGCUCAGGGCCUGACCACCUUACCGUCGGCGAGUGCCGUCGUUCCCCAGGGUCCUUCCUUUGGGGUCGGGGAUGGAGACUCGGUCCCUGGGCUCCCUUCUCUACCUCCAGGUCCCAGCCCGCCUCUCCGGCCCCGGCUCCGAUCCAACGCUGCUCCAGACUCCAAUGGAGACCCUGCUUUAUCGCCGUCUAAAGAGCACAGCAGUCCAAACAACCGCUCUUUAGGCCAAUCUGCCGGCCGCGGCCCUGAACCCGGGCCUGCUGGAACUGUGGCUGGCAUUGCUGCUGCCAUGUCAAGAAGGGAGGAUGUAGGAUCAGACUCAGCUCACAGAACCAGAACAACCAGAACCCUGUCCCAUGUGCUGACAUGAUCACUGACUUAUCCUGGGACUUGCUGCUCAGUAAUAUGGUCCACCGUGACUUCUGUCAGCUAAACGUUAUUGCAACGUUGUUACAGCAUUAGAGUGUUACAGCGUUACAAUGUGACAAUGUUACAAUAUGACAAUGUUACAAUGUGACAACUUUAUUACAACAUUGUUACAACAUUAUUACAAACAUCUGAUGGAUUAUCCUGGGCUGGACUCUCAACCGAUUGCUGCAAGAAUAAAUUAACAUAACAAUUUAAAAUAAAUCCAUGCCAGUGGACUUAGACCAGUAAUGGUUACCUCAUCGAACCAGCAGAGUGAUCUCUAUGCAUUUGUACUGCAUCACUCAGCCCUCUCUGCUUCAGUUAAUAAAUGGAAUAAUAAACAAGAAAAUAAAAUGGUGCUGGAACUAAAAUGACUACAAGACAUGUUAAACAAUGUGACAACUGCAUUGCUACCAUUUACUUCCUGAUCUGUGUACAGUUGUGCAAACAUAUUUUGAAAGUGCAUCAGAACUACUUAUUGAACUUUAAUAUUGUGAAGAUAUUGUGUGGCACGGCCAAAAACCUUAACUUUGGGGGCUGUCACAAGUUGAAGUGGUGAUGUCACAAGUAUUGGUGAUGUCACAAGUUUGGAGAUGAUGUCACAAUGUAUUGGUGAUGAUGUCGCAGUGUCUUGGUGAUGAUGUAACUUCCUCCAGGGAGCUUUGUAACCUCUGCCCAUUGGUGCUCUUAUUGUUGACGUGCUUCCCAAACAACCAUUUACAAGAGAUUGACCUCAGGUCAUCUAAAGGUCAACAGGUCAAGUCUGUUUGUAAAGCCAACCCCACUGUAGCAUGCACAUUACCUUUGUGGAAAAACUCACAUAUGCUUUAAAAGAUAAAAAGAAAACCAUUCUUGAUAUUUUUUUGUAAGUGAUAUAUUUUUCAAUUAAUAUUGUAUAUAGUGUACAUUUCAGCAGCAUAGUAUUAUCUAAGAAACUAACAGCCAGCCAACAGAAUGUAAAGUAUAAUGAUGUCAGUCGAGAAGUAGAGAGAAUGCUGUAAGUCUGCAGAGUGGUUGGUCUGAUGUCACGCUGUUUCAAGUUGUGCAUUACCUCAUUCCUGUCUUGCAGUUCAUAACAUCAUUAUGUGUAUUGUAUAGUUCUUGUAUAUACAUGAAUGAAAAGCUUUAAAUGUUAAUAUUUAUUAAAUUUUUAAAUGGUAGGGAGGAGAAAAAAACGUUUGAAAGAAAAAUGUAAAAGUUGUUGUCUUUUUUGCGUCAUCUCGGUCCGAGUCGAAAGCUAAUCAGCUGGUGAAAAAACUCAGUCAGAUUAGGACAAUACCUUGUUGUUCAAAUACUUUUUCCUAUCUUCAAACAUUUUUUUAUGCUAACAGUAGGAUUCAGUUCAUACCCAGACCACAUCUUGAAGGGACAAUCUGCAGUUGAUGCAUCACUUUUUACACUUCUAAAUAUUGAUGAUGUAUACCCAUUGAUUCUUGAAGUAUAGAACUUAUAGACGCCUCAUUGUCUUAGUUCAACUGUCGUACCCCAUCAGAACUCAAAAUACGCUGAGUGUACAAAACAUUAGGAACACCUUCCUAAUAUUGAGUUGCAUCCCCUUUUCCACUCAGAACAGUCUCAAUUCAUCGGGGCAUGGACUCUACAAGGUGUCAAAAGCAUUCCACAGGGAUGCUGGCCCAUGUUGACUCCAAUGCUUCCCACAGUUCUGUCAAGCUAGCUGGAUGGCCUUUGGGUGGUGGACCAUUCUUGAUACACACAGGAAACUGUUGAACGUGAAAAACCCAGCAGCGUUGCAGUUCUUGACACACUCAAACCGGUGCUCCAGGCACUUACUACCAAACCCCGCUCAAAAGGCACUUAAAUAUUUUGUCUUGUCCAUUCACCCUCUGAAUGACACACAUACACAAUUCAUGUCUCAACUGUCUCCUCCCCUUCAUCUACACUGAUUUGAAGUGAAUUUAACAGGUGACAUCAAUAAGGGAUCAUCGCUUUCACCUGGUCAGUCUGACCACCUCCGGCUCAAUCCAGGGACCCAUUGUGUCUGGAUAUCUUCUUACAAGUUUAGAUCUGUACAGUGAAGUGAAGCCAUUUAUAUCAUCCUUAUCCCACACUCUAAAAUCAUUGACAGGUGGCCCCAUUGACUUAUGCCAUCAAUUUGUAUCUUAAAAUAAAUACAUCAAUAUUAGCUGUGAAAUAAUUUUCAGACAGGGAGGGACCAGGAAAUGAGGUCACAAUGCGGACAGUGGGCGGAUAAGACAUUUUAAUGCCAUGUGUAGACACUUUUCAUAGAAUAUCCCAAUCCGAAUGUGGACAAUAUCAGGACACAUGACAUGUUAGCACUAGCUAUUAUAACGGUGGAUUCUGAAUGAUGGUGGUGAUGAGUUGUCGUGCAGAGUACCGCGUUAUUGGAAACUCACGCUGUUCUGCAAGCAGUAUUGCCCGGUUUUGACUAGAUGGAGUACAGCAAACUUUUCGUAGCAAGGUUAGGAUAACUUACGUAGCAAGUUAGGAGAAUUAACAUAGCAAGUUAGGAGAAUUAGGUUAAGGUUAGGAAAAGGGUUAGGGUUAAAAGUCACCUAAAAUGAAUGUUGUGUUCGAGACCACUUAAAGUGAGAUCGAUUGAAGACCAAGACCGGAGCAAAUCGAGCCACUCUACAAAUGUUUACUAACCCAAACACAGUGGGGAACAAUGGGCCUUCUACGCAUUCAGAGAAGGGCUAAGGAUGAAUAAAAUAAGGAUUAUAAUAAUGAUAAUUAUAUUAUUAUUUUCAAUGAUGUUCUAAUUUAAUCUGGGGUGGCAGGUAGCCUAGUGGUUAGAGCGUUGGACUAGUAACCGAAAGGUUGCAAAAUCGAAUCCCCAAGCUGACAAGGUAAAAAUCUGUUGUUCUGCCCCUGAACAAGGCAGUUAAUCCACUGUUCCUAGGCCAUCAUUGAAAAUAAGAAUUUGUUCUUAACUGACUAAAUAAAGGUAAGAAAUAUCAUCUGUUUUUGUUGGAAAGGAAUGGAUUUAUCUCUGGGGAGAAAUAUCUAGUUAGCUAAGUCAGCGAUUGGCUAGCCCAUCAGAAGCAAGAUAAAGGCGUCUGCCAUUCAACUGUAUUAGGGAAACAUUUUGGAGUGACAGUGGAAUCAACCAAUCACAUUUUGACUUAAUGAGUGGGACCGUUUUUACAAAAACAUAUGGAAACAACAUGUCACUGCGCAAUUGCGAGCAGUAGUUUUCCCACGGUCUAGCUAGCUAGCUUUUGUUGUCAGCUAGUUUGCAGCGGCUGCAGUAGCUGUUAUCAAAGAGGAUGUUGUUGCUAAUUUGUUAGCUUCUCCCUUUGCAAGAAUAACUUUUAACAAGUUAAGUUUCAAAUGAUCAUCAUCUUGUGAGUGGAACUGUGUUUGUUAUUGCAGCGCCUGUUGUUAGCCGUCUCUUUGAAAAUAACUUGUGUGUGUGAAACGUUGUUGCAUUUUAAGUGGAACUGACAGCAUUUUAGCAUCAUGAAAUCUUAUUAAAAUCUCUUCAUGUACACCCCCAGGAAGAAUGACACUUAAAAAAAAAAAUCUGACAAUCGACCACUUAGAUAUGGUCAUAUCCACGUUUUCAUGAAUUCUUAGAAUGUUUGGGAAUUAUGUAUACUAAUGCAUUUGUGGAAUUUCUAUAGCAGUAUAGAGUGAGAAAGCGGCCAUGUGUUUGGACAAUUAAUAGACACUGCAGUGAAUAAAACCGAAUAAAACCA